AUGGCAGCCUGCGUGCGUAUGGGCGCAGCCGCUCCGCUCCGUCCGUUCCUUACCGACCCCCGCCCCGCUCCCCUGCGUCGCAGGAAACCGAGAAUGAAUGAGCGCCGAUCGCCUUCGUACUUCCAGGCGUUAGCGACGGAUCAGAGAGGGAAAAAACACCCCAAAACCCAAAAAGUUUAUGAGCCCCAAUUCCAGACAGUCCACGAAAGAAUGAUCGCUUAUUGGCGCUCCCUCUGUGGGUAUGAGGGCUCCCAGGGAUUGCCUACACAUAGCAGUUCUGCCCUGCUGCAGCUCUUGGCAGGAGGAGGACCCCAGCAGACCCCUUCCCCGUGGGAGCAGAGAGGCUGUGUAGGUUUGAUCUUACUAUUCUAUCUGGUAUUUUAUGGCUUCCUAGCAGCGCUCUUCACAUUCACAAUGUGGGUUAUGCUUCAGACACUGAGCAGUGAUAUACCAAAAUAUCGUGACCGGAUUUCUAGUCCAGGACUUAUGAUUUCACCAAAGCCAGACAAUGCAUUGGAAUUUUACUUUAACAAGAGUGAUGCCCAGUCAUACGCAGAAUACGUUUCUACGCUUAGAAAAUUUCUUGAAUCCUAUGAUGAUUUAAAGCAAUCCCAAAACAUAAACUGUACACCAGGAAGGAUUUUUGACCAGAAUGAUGUUGCUGUUAAAAAGGCAUGUCGAUUUAACCUCUCUGAUCUUGGACAAUGCUCUGGAAAGGAGGAUAAGACCUUUGGCUAUUCUAAAGGAACUCCCUGCGUGCUUGUGAAAGUGAACAGAAUAAUUGGAUUAAAGCCUGAAGGAGAGCCACGUAUACACUGUAUGUCUAAGGAGGAAGGCAUGGUUGAGAUAAAUUAUUUUCCUCCUGAAGGCUUGAUUGACUUAAUGUACUUUCCAUACUAUGGGAAAAGCUUGCAUGCUCACUAUUUACAGCCUCUAGUGGCUGUUCAACUAGCAAUUAACUCCAACAGUACCAAAGAAGAAAUAGCAAUUGAGUGUAAGAUCCUGGGCUCACCUAAUUUAAAAAAUGAAGAUGACCGUGACAAGUUUCUGGGACGAAUUGCCUUCAAAGUUCAGAUGACUGAAUAGCAGGAGUAAAAAACUCUCCACAAAGUAAACAUUGUGUUGUCUGUUUUGUAUCAGCUGGACAUGCCAUUCUAGGAUUUGAGACCACCUUGGAGAAUGUUAGGGUGGUUUAUGGCGUUCAGGGUAGCAUAAUAAUAUGCUUCCAAAUUGUAUGUUUAAAAUCCCUCAAAAUAAAUGCCUAUCCUGCUUCUGCCUGCCCCAUUGGAACAGUGUACAGACUAUAGUUAUGUCAUAGGGACCUGUAAAUAGCUGUUUUCAAACCCAUAAUAAUGGUGACCUUUGUCCUGUUCUAAAAUGUGGUUUUAUCCCCCAAGUGAGUGUCUCAAGCUUAAUGUGCUGUGCUAUGUAAAUAUUGUAUUGAUUUAACACUGGUUUAACUGUCAUAUCUCAAUGCUGACACAGUUAUAGGGAUAAAUAAUAAAUGGUACCUGAUUGACAUAGUGAUUUUUUUGUAAGAGUAAACACCUCCAAUGUAAAUUGUGUGUAUGGGAGUGGGUGGGUGGAUGGAUGGCUGUGUGGAGAUGCCUUAAAUUGUCGACUGGGUGGCGUGGGAGAAUUGAAAUGGAUUUCAAGAGUUGGUAUGGAUUUCUGAAAGUAAGUGCUCAACUAGUGCUUUGUUGUGCUUGUCACUGUGCAAGUAUCGUGUACAUGUAAUACUUGGUAUAGAGUUUGGUAUUCUAGCUGAGGAAUUGAAUCUUUCUUCGUGUUGUUAAUUGCUUGCGAUAUGUGGAGCACAAAUAAAAUCUAUACAAUAUUUUAAAACUCUUUAGUUCAGAAAUAUCAAUAUACAACAAUUUAAAUUGUUUAGGGUCCUGGUAACAGUUGUACAACAGAGCUGCUUGAAAGAAAUGGCCUCACUAUUGUGGGAAUAGGCUUUCAUUUUCCAAGUAAAAAAUCUCCUGAAGAACCUCUGUUUAA